AUGGAUGCAUGCAUGUCAUUCGAUGUAGAAUAUUUGAGCGAUGAUCUGCGUUCUGGAUGUAAAUGUUGUGGAUACAGUGAACAAGAGCCAACUCUGGUCAAUGGCAACCCUGGGAACUCCUUCACCCAUUACAAGUGCCAACAGAAGAAGAUGUAAUUUCUAUAUUUUACUUGUAAUGGGAUUACCAGAUCUUGAAGAUAUUGUAAUGUAUUCUAAUUUUAAUGCUUGUGGAAAUAAAUGUUUUAAAUGCUUAAAUGUGCUUCAUUUUUGUUCGCUAUAUUUUACUUGUUAUGAACAUACAGUAAAUAUGUUUCGAAUGCAUGAAUUUGCUCCUUUGUGAAAAUGAAUUAUUCUCCUUCUCCUAUAGUAGUUUUCUGGCUUGGCGAUUUGUUUGCACUGUAUAUUCUUGAACCAACAUGAAAACAUGGCUGCGUAUACACUUGUUUGUUGUAAAUAAAUUACGCUGAAAUCAGUGACUUUAUAACUGAAAAUUAUUCAAGACUUCUUACCCUUUGGAUGACUUUUUACUGGAAAAUCCAAACAGGUCAAAGCGCUGGCUCUACUGUAAAAAACCCUCGGGAUGAUGUCUUUUAUUGUCUUUGGUAGCCUCCUCCUGUCGUCUUUGGUAGCCUUUAACUACUAACUAAGUAUAACAUAACUCUCUCUUAUGAAAUGUUCUCACCCUCCUCUAAGCUUGAACAGCAAUUAUGAACGCAUACGUUAUGGUCCUCCAUUUGGUUUCUGCUACUGUUUUAACACUAAUGUGAGUCUGUCUUUAUCUGUCAUAACGAUGUAAACCUAUAUCCUUCUUAGUCUCUGAUGAUGUCGUUGAACGACGAAAGCUAAGACGUAUACACCUUUAUAAUAAACUAGUAAUUAAAAGUGUUUUUUAAAACAGUUUCUAGCCUCAUAUGAUUCAUACUUCUCUCCAAGUCUGUCUUGUCGUUAAAUUGGUUGAAAAUUAAUCCCAUGGUUAGAACCAAUAUGCAUGGUCAGAAACUAACAUGUACCAAUGUGAAACUGUAUAGAAUGUAUGCCUAAACUGCAGUCUAUGUAAUAUAUUUGUUUUAUUGUUUAGAGACUAUAUCAAAAAACAGAAAAGCAUUAAGGAUGAGAUUGAACGCCAGUCUAUUAAAUCAUUUAAGGGAGUCAGUGAUGAAACCAGCAAAUUAAGAAAGGUAUCUACUGUGUUGAGAUGGUUCGACAAUAUACGUACAGUUUGUAGAUCGUUUUCAUAUCCGAAAUAUGUGCUCAGACAGGUUUUCGCUUAGACAUUGACGAAAUUAUAAAUUGAAAAUUACAGAAAUAGAUAAGUCAACAAUUAGGUACUAAAUAACAACACAAAUUACACAAUUCAAAAAUAUACUAACCAAACCCGCGCAAAAAGCGACCAAAGGUGAGGUUGUGAAGCUAUCUUUGGAAACGUCUAUCGCUCUAUGGCGGCUGAAUGAAUCAUGCAAUGAGCUAAUCAUGCGUUCAGUUUACUCUGUCCGACAUGCAAAGCAAGACAAAUUUUGCUAAAUUCUCAUCCAAAUGUAAUCAAUUUUUCUUAUUAAUACGUUUGAUAUUUUUGACAGACACAAACACACAGACACGAAUGGAAUUGCAACUCAACCAGGCUUUGCAAUCAGUUACCUAAAAAGCAGAGUAGCAUGACUGAUACCUGACGCCAAAACUAGUCACUUGGUCGUGAUUGAUUGUGUUUAUUUUUUCAGGAUGUAUCUUUGGUUUCAAGUAGUAUUCAGAAAGAUGCCAGCGCUGUUGAAAGUCUCAAGGUUGAACUAAGUCAGGUAGGAAUUUAGGAAUGUUCGGUAUGAGAAAUUUUCGAUAUCGGUAUACCGAAAAAAUUAUACCGAUAUUAUCGGUAUACCGGUUUUCCUUUGAUAAUUAUAAAGGAAAAUUCUUUAAUGGAAAUCUGCAGGAAAUUUUGAGUAAUUCUAAAAGGGAAAACGAUAAUUUCGAAGCUGUUUCGAACAUGUUUCGAACGACACGUACUCAGUGUAAAAUCUCACUGAAGUGGAAAUUCUAAAUCACUGCAGUAGAAAGUUCUUUGAAUUGCCAUUCAGUUUUAAAAUAAAGGUUAUGGUUUCGCCAUAUAGUUGGUAAAUUUAACACGGUAUACCGAAAAAUUCCGGUAUAUCGUAAAUUUCGGUAUAUCGGUAUGGUUGAAUAUCCGGUAUCGAUAUACCGAUAUUGUUUUAAUACCGAUAUUUUCGGUAUAUCGGUAUACCGAACAGUCCUAGGUAGGAUAUCAUCCUUGUAAAUCACAUCGGAUCACAUGUCCGCAACUGUCUCUACAUGAAAAAGCGAUAUCCACCAUUUUGCUAGGUACUGUCUCUUUCAAGUCUGAGAGUGUAGGGACCGCGAAAUGCGACUGACUUUUUAAUGGUAGAUUUUCAGUUACGACUUUGAAAAGUCGCUUUGCACAUUGCUUAGAUUGUCUAGAUUCUCUGACGUGAAAACAGUACCCCAAAAAUGACGGAUAGAUUGACCUGCGUGAGUAAGGCUAAUUAGUUUUAAUCGAUCUCACUGUCCGUUGUUUCAGGAACUUAUAAAUGCUGAGGUUGCGCAACAGACCAGCAACACUCCUUUGGCUUUCCAACAUGAGAAUACAGCACCACGGGAAUACUUCCAGAGAUUGAUUGAAUCAUUUGAAGAAAGAAUGUAUCUAUAUCGAAGACAGGUCGAGGAAGUUGAAAGUCAUUUAGCUUCACUUCAACAACCACAGAGUGUCUCACCACAAGGUAUAGUCCUACAGAGAACUUUUAAACUGUUUUGUGCGCCCAAAUUAGAUGCCCAAUAAAAAAAACUGCGGACAUGAAAAUUGCUUAUCAUAAUAUAAAGAACUAAAGAGCACACUGCAUACCUCUGGCAGCGAAGUAUUUCUCAUGCAUAAAUUAUACAAUGGCCUAAUUGUAUUGCUAAUUUCUCAUUCAGGUUUCGUCCAAAUUGAACAAAAAUUUAAUCGAUUUGGCCUCGAUCUAUUACCAUUAACCCUACCAAUUUCCGUAUUAAUACGUUGGAUGUUUAUUGAGUUAUCGUGCUAACAGACAAACACACACACAUACAAACAAAGGUGACAACAUAACCUCCUCCUUUAGAAUAUGUUAAGAAGUACACCUCGGAGCACAUGCAGCAUAUGUUUUUUUUUUCAGCGCAUUUGACCUCUUUUCCAUGUACAGUCCAAUGAUCUACGACACUGCAAACCAUCUUCUUUUAUUUUCGCACUGCGUGAUAUUUAUUUGUUUUCUUAGAAAUUUCUGUUGUCAUGAAGAAACUGCAUGAAACUUUCAUAACAUUGGCAGCUAGAAUGCACGAAACUCACGAAGCUGUCAAGGUAAAAACGCUUCUUAAUCUUUACAUAACAGUGAUAUACUAA